AGCCGAGAUAACAAAAACUGAUACAAUGUGUAGCUAGUCUAGAUUCAAAAUUGAAACAAAUCUUCGCAAAUCAUUAACCGUCGAGUUGAGUGAUGUUUUAAUCACUAUGGAUGAAGAAUUUUCGUUUAUGGACUUUGAUUUAUUCGAAGUGGCGCAAAACGGAUGCUUGUCUGUGUUGAACAUUGCCCUGGAUAAUCUGGAAAUAUAUGAUUUCAGUGUAGACACUCAGGAUCGCACUGGAAAUACAUUAUUGCAUUACAUUGCUGCGUCAGGAAAUGAAGAAACAACUUGCAAGCUAAUAUCACUUUCCGCCUACACAAACAUUUUGAAUGAUAAGGGGGAGACUCCUUUACAUCUUGCAUGCGUAAAUGGUCACCUCAACAUAGUCAAACUAUUGCUAGAAAACAACGCCAAACUAAACGCAGUUGAUUUUUACGGAGAAACUCCCCUAUUCAAAGCGGUGAGAGGGGAAAGAAAACAAAUCACGAAAUAUUUGAUAACUCAACAUGCUAUAGUGAACAACUCGAAUAAAAUCAACGAAAAGUUGAUUCACCUUGCUGUUAUUCAUGAUGACAUUGAACUAGCCGAAGUUCUACUAAAUGUUGGGCAGGAUCCAGAUGUCGCCACAGAUGCAGGUGAAACUCCAAUACACCAAGCUAUCAAAUCUUCCAAUUUACCGAUGCUGAAUCUUCUUAUAGAAAGAGAAGCCGAUAUAACUGUCAGAGAUCACCAAAAUGCAACGCUUCUCCAUCUUGCAGUCAGAUAUAAAAACGAAGACAUCUGUCAAAAGCUGAUAGAUCACGGUCUCGACGUGAAUGCUAAAGAUGGGAAUGGUUCAACGCCUCUACACAUUGCUGUCGAAACAAAUGGCACUUCUGUUGUGAAACUUCUGUUGGAGAACAAAGCAGAUAUCAAUUUGAUAGACGAGGAUCACUAUACUCCGCUACAUGUUGCAGCAUCAUUCAAUCGUCAUUGGGAUGUUGUAGACAUUUUAUUGAAAAAUAAUGCACGACCUGAUUUGAAGACUGUUCAUGGUGAUUUGCCUAUUCACAUAGCUGCCGGUCGGGGUAAUAUAAGAGGAUUCAUAUCUCUAUAUAGUAAGAAAUACAUAAAUUGUAUGAAUAAUCUCAGUUUAACCCCGUAUCAACUAGCUGAGGUGAAAGGGCAUACUGUGAUAGUACAGUUGUCUCUAGAUCUGGAUAAAAAUAAUAAUGGUGGAAAUAAAAUUCCCGUUUUGAAGCAGUUGUAUAUGGCAAAAAGAAAAUCUAUUAGGUGAUUUUGAAUGUACAUGAUAAUACUUGGAAAUAUUUUUUGUUUAUCUUGAAUAAUAUGUUUGAACACUGAAACUUAGUGAAACGAUUUUAAGAGCUG